AUGGGUUCAACAGGAAAGAAGUUUGCCUUAAUCUGUUGUCUGCAAGCAAAAGGAAAAAUGCAAACCAGUUCGUGGGUGCUUUCAAUUUCUACCACACCUCUGUCAACUGCUGAGAUCUUGGCUAUAUUGGAGGAGGAUGAAGAUUUAUUGCAGGCUAAUAUCAUUGAUGCUGUUUACAUUCCACCGUCUGUAGACGAACUUACAGACGAAGAGGAGAUUGACCACGUCAUAUGUGAAAACGGGGAAGAUUUACCAGACUGUGCGGGGACCUAUGAAAUACAUGCAAGUUUACCUGAUACUUCUGAAGAAACAGACAAGCCAUCUUUACCAUCAAGUUCCAAAAAAGCAAAGGUAUGUAAAAAAACGAUAAAAUAUAAUUCAAAGAAAGAUCUUCCAAAAUGGACAAAAAAGAACCCAAUAUAUGCAACAGAACCACAAAACGAAGAAAAAAAUAAUUUGGAACAAAUUGAAAAUAGAAUUGGCGGUAAAACCCCUUUCGAAGUCUUUUCAUUGUACUUUAGUGACGAUGUGUGGGACAAGAUAAUUUCUUAUACAAAAAAAUAUGCUCACGAUAAUAAUCGGCAUUCAUUUGAGAUUGACAAAAGUACCCUAAAGCGAUUUUUUGGCAUACUCAUUUUUUCGCGGUACCAUACGUUACCAGCUACAAAACUAUAUUGGUCGAAAGAUGAGGACAAAGGUGUUACGUUAGUUAGAAACUAUACGAGUAGAAACAGAUUCGAUUCGAUAAAGCAGAACAUACAUUUAUCAGAUAACAACCAUCUUGAUAAAAACGACAAAUUUUCAAAACUAAGACCCCUUUUUGAUUUGAUAAACGAAAAAAACAUGCAGUUUGGUGUAUUUUCUCAUAAUCUGUCUAUCGAUGAGGAAAUGGUGCCAUAUUUUGGACGACAUAGUUGUAAGAUGUACAUCAAGGGAAAACCAAUCAGGUUUGGCUUCAAACUAUGGUGUCUAUGUAGUUCUAAUGGUUACUUAUUCAAAUUUAUACCUUACGGCGGAAAAACAACCACACAUAAAAGCGAUUUGGGACUAGGAGAGAACGUGGUACUGGAACUUUUGUUAGUUGUUCAGCAACCAUUGCUUCAUCGCGUGUUUUUCGACAACUUUUUCUCUUCUUACAAGUUAUUCUGUUUGCUGAAAGAAAAUGGUUUUGACGCUACUGGGACAAUUCGUGAAAACCGUACAUGUAAUAGCACAAUGGAAACUGUGAAGAGCAUGAAGAAAAAAAAUCGUGGUACUUAUGAUUUUUCCUUUGACAAUGAACAAAAAAUUUUAUUAGUUAGAUGGAACGACAAUUCUGUCGUAACUGUUGCAACGAAUAACUGCACCAUUGAACCUCUAGUAAGCGCAAAAAGGUACAACAGAAAACAAAAAAGGAAGGAGUCCAUUCCUCAGCCAAAAGAUAUAGCCGAGUAUAAUCAGCAUAUGGGGUGUGUUGAUUUACACGACAACGGAAUAUGCAACUACAGAAUCAAUGUGAAAGGAAAAAAGUGGUGGUGGCCUCUCUUCGUGUAUUUGAUUGACAGUGUUAUUGUGAAUUCCUGGAAAAGAUACAAUUUGGCAAACAAAUCAAAAAUGUCACAGUUAGAAUUUAAGUCUAAUAUAGCAGUCACUCUUAUGAAAAUGGAUGAACCAGCCAUCGAAAAUUACAUUCAAGGUGAAGAAAGAACGGAAUCAGGUGACAAUGUAAGCUGUGCUUCAAGACCAAAUUAUGGACGACCAUCAAAAGGCUCAUUAUCCAUGGAUCGCUAUUGUAUAGUACUAGGUGACAAAAAUGCAGUCCCGUCCCAAUCUCUGAAUAUGGGAGAAGCGAGAAACUAUCCGCUGAACCCCCGUGGCAUAAUAUUGGUUAACUCUCUGCUCUUGAAUAGUGGCGUUCCCGGAUCAAAUCCGGACUGA